AUGUCGCCCCAGCUGAGAGAACUGCUGCUGCCGCAGGUGGUGCAGGAUCGCAAGAGCGGCACUCCCAUGGACGAGGGCGUCAGCCUCGAGCCCUGCGACCUGAGCUAUGUCUACUACACCACAAACUCCUCCUCCUCGGACGUUGCCUCGCCCCUGACGCCCACCUUUUCCAACCGCGGCGUGCCCCUGCGCUACUCCAGCUCGACCUCGUCCCUGGAGCUGCCGCCUCAGGAGGGCCCGGCCUCGCCCAUUGCCCAGCUGGCUGCUGCGUCCAAGUCGAGCAUUCGCCAGCUGCCGGACGUGCAGGAGGAGCCGCAAGAGCGGGAGGACGAGCACUACGACGAUGACUUGAGCGAUAACCUUGGCAUGUACUGUCUUUGCGACCAGGCGUGCGAGCACCUCAACACCUCCCAGGAGCUGCUGCAUGGCGACACAACCGGCGAGUUCGACAUUGACUACGAUCUCGGCUUCCUCAGCGACAGCGACUUCUCGGGCGAUGCCCAGUCGUCCAAGAAGAAGCGCCUCAUGGGCGGCGAGUCGACGUUUGGCGCCCUGACGUCCCGCAUCGGCCACCGCUUCCCCAGCAUCGCGCGCUGGAAGUCCCAGCGCAAGGCAAACAGCAUCACCGGCCUCAUGACGUCGCCCACCACGGAGCGCAGCCUGGAAAACGUGCUGUCCGGCGCCGCGUCCAGCCGGUCGUCGUCCAUGUCGUCGCCCACCCGCCAGUUCCCCGUCCUGCUCGACGACGCGCCCCCCAUGCCCCCGCCGGCCAUGCCGCUCUACGACGGCUACGCCAGCACCGACAGCCUGGACAUGCACGCGGGCGAGUUGAGCCGCGAGGAGCGGUCAGGCAUCGAGCGCGACAGGGCCAUGGCCACGACCCCCCUGCUGCCUCCGCUCCUGACCGACCCGCUCGGCAAGCCUCCGCAGCCCUCGCAGCCCUCGUCCCCCCUCCAGUCGCCCAGCAUCGCGCCGUCGUCGGCCGUCACGGAGCUCCACUCGCCUCGCCCUGCUGUCCCGACCCCGCGGCAGUCCCUCGCCUCCAAGCCGUCCGUCUCCUCCCUCCGCCACGUCUCCGUCCUGGCCGAGCUGCCGCUGCCGCUGCCGCCCUCCAUCCUGCAGGACCAGGACGAGUGGUCCGACCGCCUGGGCCACGCCAACUUCACAAUCACCCCCAUGCCCUACGCCGUCGACGAGAUCACCGCCGAGUCCGUCACCAAGUUCUGCGACGACUGGGACGCCGCCCGCGUCGCCUACACCAAGCACCUGGUCCGCACCGGCGAGCACUACGGCCAGACGAGCAAGACGUACGGCCUGACCGAGGCCAAAUGGGCCGAGAUUGAGCGCAAGUGGAAGCUUCACUACACGGACAUUGUCCGCCGCACCCAGCCCCUCAUCUCGGGCUCCGCCAACUCGCGCAGCCGCAGCCGAGGCCGCGGGCGAGGCCGUUCCUCGAGCGCCCAUCCCGCCGGCCAGGGCCAGACCCAUACCCAGAGCCAGAGCCACAACGGCCACGACGACAUCUACGCGGCCAUGCAGUGGCGCGGCCGGAGGGGAUGCCGCCCCAGCGCGGUGCCCCAGAUGCUCGAGGCCCUGGACGCCGAGGGCAAGUUCCCCGGCCGCGGCGACGAGGACAUUGUCGGGCCCAUGCAGCGGGAUGCCUACAUGGUGCGAGCCCGAAGCGAGGAGAAGACGCCGCGGUUCUGGAGGAACCUUGCGGAAAAGCUUCGCCUCUGA